AUGUCCUCCGCUGGGCCGCCGCCGCCUUCUCUCUACGCCGAGCUCGGGCUGCCGGCGACCGCCACGCACGCCGAGUUGACCCGCCGCUUCAAACAUCUCUCACUCGAACUCCACCCCGACCGCGCCGCGUACCGCACAAACACGACCGCCAGCGAGGCGGAGGUGCGGCAGCGCUACCAGCGCAUCACAGCGGCGUACAACAUCCUCGCAGACCCGCAGCGACGCGCCGCGUACGAUACGGCAAACGGCGCGAACUUCGCCGCCCGCGUGGACGCCCUCCGCGCUGCGGUGAUGCGCACAGACGAGGCGACGGGCCCGGCACCAAAGCGGCACUGCACAGAGACCCCGCAUGAGAAGAAGGACGGCAAUAAUGGCAAUGGAACAGAGAAGGUGGAUAAGAAUGGUGAAGAAGAGGAAGAGGAAGAGGAAGAGUACAUUCCAGGGUAG